AUGGGGCUGCUCAGAGUCAUGAUGCCGCCCAAGUUGCAGCUGCUGGCGCUGCUCGCCUUCGCAGUGGCCAUGUUCUUCCUUGAGAACCAGAUCCAGAAGCUGGAGGAGUCCCGGGGAAAGCUCGAGCGAGCCAUCGCCAGACACGAGGUGCGGGAGAUCGAGCAGCGGCACACUCAGGACGGCCUGAGGGAGCGCGGGCCGGCCGCCGCGCUGUCCAACAGCGACGACGACCUGGUGAUCAUCUACAACCGCGUGCCCAAGACCGCCAGCACCUCCUUCACCAACAUCGCCUACGACCUGUGUGGGAAGAACCGCUACCACGUGCUGCACAUCAACACCACCAAAAACAACCCCGUGAUGUCCAUACAGGACCAGGUGCGGUUUGUAAAGAACGUGACAGAAUGGAGGGAAAUGAAGCCGGCGUUUUACCACGGCCACGUCUCCUUCCUGGAUUUCACCAAGUUUGGAGUGAAGAGGAAGCCCGUCUACAUAAACCUGAUCAGGGACCCCAUCGAGAGGCUGGUGUCUUAUUAUUACUUUCUGCGUUUUGGGGACGACUACCGACCAGGCCUGAGACGCAGGAAGCAAGGAGAUAAGAAGACCUUUGAUGAGUGUGUAUCAGCCGGCGGAUCGGACUGCGCUCCUGAGAGACUUUGGCUCCAGAUCCCCUUUUUCUGUGGUCACUAUUCUGAAUGUUGGAACGUGGGCAGCCAGUGGGCUCUGGAGCAGGCCAAGUACAACCUGGUGAACGAGUACAUGCUGGUGGGAGUAACGGAAGAGCUGGAGGACUUUGUGAUGAUGCUGGAGGCCGCGCUGCCACGUUUCUUCAGAGGAGCCACCGAGCUCUAUAAAACAGGUAAGAAAUCCCACUUAAGGAGGACCAGUGAGAAAAAGCCACCCACCAAGGAAUCCGUGGCCAAGCUGCAGCAGUCAGACAUCUGGAAGAUGGAGAACGAGUUCUAUGAGUUCGCACUGGAGCAGUUCCAGUUCGUCAGGGCCCAUGCUGUCAGAGAAAAGGACGGGGAACUCUACAUGCUGGCUCAAAACUUCUUCUAUGAAAAGAUCUAUCCCAAAAACUAAAACGGGCUCUCUCACCAGAACAGGUGGGGGCAGAAUUAGACACUUUCUGGGGAAGAGACGUGGAAAGAUGGCGGGCGGUGAGAGGCGAGGACUUGCUGCUGUCGGUUUGCAGGUUUUGUGACGGAGGACCCGAUGCGGCGCCGCUACGUAAUCCUUGUGCCGACAGUUGUUAUCCAUCACCGGCUCAGUCAGCUGGACGGGCAGCUUGUGUUUCAUCCGCAGGUUGUUCUUAGCAGAUCCUCCACUCUGUUUUCCUUCCACAACAAAGGCCGCCUGUGCCGAGGAGCCCCGGCCGGCAUGUGUGCACAGACGACCCGGCCCGCUGUGGAUCAGGUGUGAACCUGGCUGCUUCUUUAACCUGGAGCAAAAGAAAACACUGGCUCUGUACUGUUUGAUCGUGUUUGGUUGUAUUUUAGCUCUUUAAUAUGAAUACUGUUCACAUGUGAGGACUGACAUUUGUCCCGGUGAAAGGCCUCACCUCCGCGACUAACAUAAAGAGACUGAAACUGUAAAAAGGUGACUACCGGCUUGGACCUAAAAAAAAAAAAACAUUUGCCGUUUUUUGGGAGGGGAUCUGCUUGUAGACUUUUUACUGGGGAAAGUGUGUGUGUGUGUGUUUUCUAUUUUACUUGAUGUGUGACUUGUAAAUGAAGGGUGCUUUUACACUUGAUGUUAUUGGUGGGUUAGAUGCUGCUUCUCUAAACAUUUUAAGUCCCCUUUUUUCCUUUUCAAGCAGUGGCUCAUGUAUUUUGUAGCGAUGCACCGAUCAGCAGCUUGUGGCCCAUUUAUGUUCAUUGAUUUUUCUAAAGAUUUGACCCGUUGACACCGAUUUUGGCUGACUUUCUUUACAGACUAUUUUGAACCCUGCUUGCUGAUAGCAGGAUGCCUGGAAAGGUGAUCGAUUAUUUAUGUUUAGAGCAGAGGUGACAUCACACUGUGUGUGAGAGAGCAGUCGCUGUAAAACAGGGUUUUGCCAAUUA